ACACUUAGGUAACCAGUCGGUGAUAAGGAACGCUAGUUCUAACGACACCACACUAACCAUAAGACAAGAUGUAUGGCCCAUUUGUCCUCCUGCUUGUGGCAGUUUCUGUGAUUGCCAUGGAUGGAUUACACAAGCGGGCGAGUUGGUAUUGUUCUAGUAUCAGACACCGAGCGUGUUACCCGUACGGAGAACAUCUGUUGUGUGGCUCCGAUAACUACACCUACUACAACAAGUGCGAUUUCUCGAAGUCCCACUGUCUGUACAGUUAUAUACAUGUGGCCCAUGAAGGUUCGUGUAACGGCGAGAGCCACCUGACUAGUAACCUCACACAAGGGGAGCUGCUACUGCUCCAGUUUAUGUGUGCCGACAUUACAGGACACAGAUGUGAGGAGGACUAUGAUCCGGUGUGCGGUUCCAACGGUGUGACAUACAUGAACGAGUGUGAAUAUGAGCAAGUGAGAUGUAUGCAUAACUCCCUCACCAUAGUCAGUAGGGGCCCAUGUACGCCUCUAGUGGUCGGCUGAACCAACACAUAUCACCACUACCUGUUUAAAUACAUUUAAAUAAAACGUA